AUGUACGACCCGCUCAGCUCUGGUUUCGGCGACGACGACAUAACUGCACCUCCAUGGCCGACGACUCCCCACCAGCCCAACUCUCCCAUCCCUGGCAACCUCCGUCGCGCCCCCUCACCACUCCCCCGAGUACCGAGCAAACCGGAAACACCUGGAGUAUAUGAUAGGGAACCCCAGAUAUAUGGACAGCCCGAACCCGGAUUGAUUUCUCCACGCGAGAACGUAGGGUCAAAUGGCACGCGCUACGAAAGGCCGGAGCCGUACCUCAAGAUCAGAAUUUCUGGGCUGGACAGAAACAGGCGGGAUAUUCUGGUCAAACUGGACGCUCAGACGAACUUGUCCAAUUUCACGGGCACGACAUACCGAAACGUCUCGCGCUCGUAUCUCGAGUUUCAACAAUUCCACGAUACCAUCAUCCACAACAACCCACAAACAAUCGUACCCGCACUUCCUCUAGCGCAAACAUCUGCGCCGACGGACGAAGAGGAUGAUCGUCUUGUGAAGAUUAUGCUUCAGCGGUGGUUGACGCGCGUCUGCGAGGACCCUAUCCUCAUUCACGAUGAGGAGCUGCGUUCAUUCAUCGAGAGCGACUUUGGGUACCAGCCGACACCGCGACCGAGGAGGAAGACGUCAUCUGGGUUUGGUAUUAUGAGGAGGAAUGUUCCGGACGAAGACGAGGAACUGCAGAGGGCAAGGUUCGAGCUCACGAAACUGGAAGGUCAAUUCUUCGAUGCGGCAAAGGCACUUGAUAAAGUUUCGAGGGCCAGGAAAGCACUGGCGGUUUCGCAUGCGGAGAUGGGCAAUAAACUCAUCAACGUCGCUACCACUGAAGCGCAUCCCCCUAUCGCCAAUGCAUUCCGGAAAAUCGGACGGACUUGGCACAGUCUUGCCGAUCUCGACCAAGCGCAAGCUAUCAGCGAAUGUGUCAUUUUGAGCGACUCAUUAGGAUACCAGGGGCUCAAUGCACGCUCUGCGAAGGAAACACUGCAGCAACGGACGGCGGUACUGGAGGAAUACCAAUCCGCUGUCAAAUCUGCCAUCUCGAAGAGGCGGAACAUUGAACGGCUGAAGGCGAGCUCGAAUAUACGGCCAGACCGGGUGGACGAGGCACUUGAGGAUUUGGAAGAGGCGAACAAGUACGAGCAAGUCCUCGCUCGACGAGCCGAAGGUAUCUCUCAGAACCUUCACCGCGCUCUGCAGACCCAUAAACGU